UAUUUUACUGCUGUCGAUCAUCAACCACCAGAAUAUGUCCUCGUGGCUUCCUUUCGUGAAGGGUUCAUCAUCUUCGGCGAUCGAUGCGAGAAAUCCCUGGCUUUUGCUUAGGGCUUGCACAAACCGAGCAUCUCUCUCCUUUCUCCUCGUCGUUCAUCAUUUCCGAAACGGUUCGGCGCGAAUCGAAGAACACAUGCUCGCCCGAUAAACAAACAAGAUGUUGAUUUCGGAAUACCGGUAGAUGCAGUUCAUCCUGCCGAAGAAGAUUUGGGUGGAUUGCAUUCGUCUGCGACCUCUAUUGCGAACUUUUGAGUAACGAAGAAGGGAUGAUGAAAGGCUUAAGAUGAUAAAUAGAUCGAGAGAAAAGGAAAUUACGACUAAACAAGAAGGUGUUCCGAGCGAUGACAUACUCUCAGCCACUUCAUCAAGGCUAUGGCCGGGACUGAAGGAAUCGAGAAUCGUGCGUGUUCCUCGUGCGUUCGGAGGAAAAGAUCGGCACAGCAAAGUCAGCACCAUCAGAGGAUUGAGAGACCGGCGUGUUCGGCUUUCGGUCCCGACUGCAAUCCAGUUGUAUGAUCUCCAAGAUAAGCUCGGGGUUAACCAACCCAGUAAGGCGGUGGAUUGGCUGCUGAAUGCUGCACAGCAUGAGAUCGAUAAGCUUCCUCCGCUUCCAUUUCCACCAGCGAGCUUCACACGGUUCUGUGGAUCACUGCCGAUCUCUCAAGGUGCGAAUCUGAGUGGUGCAUGUACGACGGCGGACGAUGUUGCAUGUACGACUCAUAGAAAUGUCAAGUGUGCGGCAGAUGAAAUCGGAGACUGUCACCUGGCAUUGUUCUCUUCAAAGACAAACGAUGAAGGUAUAGGGAAUAAGGUAUUCGAGCCAGUGAAAGUUGCAAGUUUUGCGUUGAGCUCGCGUGCCGGAACAGAUGCUACGGAAGGAGGCAAUUCCAUCAGGGUUAUGGAGGCGGAAAACGAUGGGGUCGGAAGGUAUCAUGCACGAGUUUCAGCUGAUGUCUCUCUUCCGAGGCCUAAUGAUUCUUCACUCGCCGGCUUGGGAAGUAAUGUGAUCUCAUACGAUUCCUGCUAUCACUUGGAUUCUGCAAGCUUGGAUGGAUACUACGAGCAUCAGCUCGGAGGUCAUUCCGUGCCAUCUCCGCUGUCACUGUCUUCGGGAUCUCAGCUAGUCUUUUAUGCAUCCGGAGGAAUGCCAUCAGUGUUUUCACCAUAUAUGACCACUCUAAAUGGCUUAAAUCCGGUGCAGUUGAACCACUUUCAGGCGGCAGCUUCACAAUCGAGUUCGGCCAAUCUUCUUCGGAGUGGCAGCCCAAUAAUGGUGAGACCUUCACACCCAAGGUCGUCAUCCGAUCACCACAAUCCUUACAAUCAUCAACCAAACUAGCUGAUAUCUUUCGGUGCAAGCGAGAGCAGCCAGGCGAUCCAUGUCAAGCAUGUCAUGCAAACAAACUGUCGAUAAGAACAGCUUCAGAUGUCAGGCGUUUUGUUCCUCUGUGUGGUUGUCAUAUCCAACCCAGUUGCUUUGUCUUUCAUAACCGGUAGAUCUCGAGUGUGGAUAUUCUAGAUGUAUCCCAUUUGCUAUUUAGUGUUCUUCGCUCAAAUCAAGGACAACUCCAUGUCCACAUGCAUUAUGCAGAAUGAUUUUUA